CAGGUAAUAAAUUUAUGCAUCUAUUUUUUCAGCAGAUACCUAUAUCGAUCUAGAAUGGCGCCCGUCAUCAUUUGCAUCGUGAUUUGCAUCGUGGGUAGUACAAAGCCAUACUACGCAAAAUACGCCAUGGCCCAUAGCAUCAGCCAGCUAUGUACGGUAAUGCCGGCCGAACGUUCUAAAGACCACGUUCCUGGACCCAAGCCGCUGGUGCUUUUGGACCGGCUCUUGGAGGCUGUCUAUCCCCCUAACAUGACGGCACGGGACGGCGCGGUUUGAUUUCAGCUGGAAUUCCAGAAGGUCUCUCUACAUAGAAAAGAGAGGCAACAUAUUUGGAAGAGACUGGUUAUCGUGUAAGUAGAUUGUCGUCGGUCUGAACCCCGUAACUAUUUUGAUUCGACCGCGAAGUCAAUAAACCUCCAAUCAGUAAAUGUUGCAAAGCUAGCGCGCUUCUUUUCUUUUCUUUCCUGACUUGGUAGGACAUGCCAUAUUUACAUCCAUCUACUUAUACAGGAGCAGC